CUCUCGCUGAGCCAGGAAACACACAGUGGUUGCCUAGCAAGUUCCACACACAGUUCAAAGUUUGAAGACGUGUAACAGAAAGCUACGUUGGUGCAGGAAACGUCAACGUUACAGCUUUAAUUUAAGACAGUUUCACCACAAACAUCAAACUAGUAACAUAAGUGCUGCAAGAUGUCUGUCGCUGGACUGAAGAAACAAUUUUACAAAGCAAGCCAGAUGGUGAGUGAGAAGGUUGGAGGUGUUGAAGGAACCAAACUGGAUGAAGACUUCAAGGACCUGGAAAGGAAAGCUGAUGUCACCAGCAAAGCUGUGGUGGAUAUCAUCUCCAAAACCUCAGAGUACCUCCAGCCAAACCCUGCAUCAAGAGCUAAGCUGACUAUGCUCAACACGGUCUCCAAAAUCCGGGGACAGGUGAGGAGCCCUGGCUACCCCCAGCCUGAGGGCCUCCUUGGGGAAUGCAUGACCAAGUACGGGCUGGAGUUGGGCGAGGACAACAACUAUGGUGGGUCUCUAUUGGAUGUCGGGGAGUCAAUGAAGAAGCUGUCUGAGGUCAAGGACUCUCUGGAUAUCGAUGUCAAGCAGAACUUUAUCGACCCACUGCAGGCAGUUGCUGACAAGGACAUCAAAGACAUCCAGCAUCACCUUAAGAAGAUGGAGGGCCGCCGUCUGGACUAUGAUUACAAAAAGAAGCGUCAGGGGAGGAUCCCGGAUGAAGAGCUCAGACAGGCUCUGGAAAAGUUCCACGAGUCCAAGGAGCUGGCUGAGAGCUCCAUGCACAACCUGCUGGAGACAGACGUAGAGCAGGUGAGCCAGCUGUCCUCUCUGGUGGAGUCUCAGCUGCAGUACCACAGGGAGGCUGUGAAAAUCCUGGAGGACCUAUCUGAGAGACUCGGCAGAAGAGUGAAUGAAGCCCAGUCUCGUCCAAGACGUCAAUACACCCACAAACACAGGCCUUCCCUUGACUUUGGUGAGGCAGAACACUCCAACGGAGGAUACACACCUGCACCAACAAACCCUCCAGCCUACUCUGCUGCCCCAGCAGUAUACCCAGGUCCAUCCUUCCAAAGAACAUCAAUGAAGAGCAAACCGCCUGAGCCAUGCUGCAAGGCUCUGUAUGACUUUGAGCCAGAAAACGAUGGAGAGCUGGGCUUCCGUGAGGGUGACAUCAUCACCUUGGUCACUCGAAUCGAUGAGAACUGGUUUGAGGGAACCCUUCACGGACGAACGGGAUACUUCCCCAACAACUAUGUAGAAGUGUUGGUACCACUGCCUAACUAAUACCAGAAAAACUGGACGAGAGAGAGGAUGAAAAGGGGGAUAAUGGAUUAUCAGACAGCAAGUCUCAAUAGUCAAAAGUGCCUCUUUUUUAACUUUCCCAUGCAGUUGAAGGUUAAACAUCUCAAGACAGGGACCUAUUUUUUAUGUCUUGCAGCCAUCUGAGGAAGGAUAUGAAAGAAAGGCCUCUUUAUGCUAUAAGUUGUUUUUUUUUUUAAGAAUUGCAGAGGGGGGGAUUUUAAUCAAAGAAAUGAUGGCACAAUGUUUGGAUGCAUUUAACAUACCUUAGUCUUCAUAUUCAUUCCCUAUGCACCUGUGCACUUUGUACACUACACCUCUCUCACCGGGACUGAUGAAGAAAGGCUAUGAAAGAACUACAUGUCUUUACAGGAGACCAGCACUAUUCAUGAACAGUACAAUAAGUGCAAAAAGUUGACACUAAUAUUGUUAACCUAUUUUAUAUAGUCACAACAUGAUGUCAUUUAUCUCGGUCUUUUGUACUUACAUAUUGUUCACAUUGGCACUACACAACAGACACACACUUAAAUUCAUGUGAACACUGUUGCUACACUCCCAGCUAUCCCAUCAUUGUGUUAAGGCUCCUCUAAUGUCAUCAUGGAUACUUUGGAGCUAACAUGGAGGACUUUGGCUUUUGUCACUGUUUGGGAUUGGCCUCUACUGCCAUCUGGUGGUUGUAGACCCCAACUCCAGCUAUUUAUCUGAGUGGCACUGUCUUGUGGCCUUUGUCUUGUUGUUUUGGACCUGUUUGGGUGCCUUGUCUAAGUUGUUUGCGCCAAUCAUAUUUUUUUGAUAUAUGCAUACAUAUUUAAUUAAGCUUAAGAAAUACUUGGCAGUGAAUAUGGAGGCACUCCUGCAACCAGUCAGCAGUUAGCAGUGACUGACUGUAUCUCUAGUCUUUUUUGUUUGUUUGUCUGUCUGUUUGUUUGUUUUUCUCAUACAAAUGCUGGCCAGGGAAACUAUGCAGUAUGUUCCCAUAGAUAGACUAUGAUAAUUCCCGACUACAAAGUUGUUUUUCACAAGGGAUUUAAGGGAUUUUUAAAGUAUUUUGAAGCUUAUGCACAAUUCAAGUUUUUGGAAAUGGCCCUCUUUUGUUUUGAAUAUCACUGUUUCUGGCGGUUGUUGCUAAACUGUGUGUGUCAUUGAUUUAAAAUAGCUCUUUCAAGAACUGAUGCCAAAAAAUGAUUGCACAAUUAAUUUUCAAGUUGCAAGAGGCUGCAGUUUUUCAUCAGAAUGAACCAUGUUUCAGACAGCCUCUGUCAGUUAUUCUGGUGCUAUGCAUUAUCCCUGUGAUAAAAAUCAAGUUACACAUUGGAAAAGUUAGUUCAUUAUGUUCAAACUGGGCAAAUUAGAAAAAACAUUUUCUCCUAAAAUAUUUUCCUACAUUUUUUUUUCCAAGAAAAAAGGAAAUUACAUUGUUCAGCAAAAAUGACAUUACUUGAUUUUGUCUAUAUUUUGCAGCAUUAUGCCAAAGCCAUAAGCAAGCAGCCUUGAGUUUCUCAGUUUCCUCAGGCUCCAUUGAUACUGCUGGCAGUGUCACUGACAAAGUUACCCAGAUGUUUGCAAAUUCAUUUUCUGUCUGUGAACUUAAUUUUGUUUCAGUGCUGCUCGGGGUGGCAGUGACACAGGGACCAAUACUUUGGUUCUGAUCGUGAUCAGGUUUCUUCAGUGCUCAAGCUUAUAAUUUCGAGGCUGAAAAUUUAGUUGACAAGUGUUUGAUGCUUUGUGCCUGCCUGCUUGUAUUUUCAGGCUGAAACUGAGCACAUGACCUAGCAGAAAAUGCUGUCUCCUUGCUAUUGUGUGCAAGCUUUAUAUGCUGACUGUCUCUGAUUUCAGCUUCAAAUAAACCUAUUACAAGGAGACUCUGAACUGUGAAGAUUUAUGCUGUUCACAAAAACGCCAGCUAUCUCCCUCUGUAAUGAUCCCCUUAUUAGACCACCCCCUUCCCAUUCAUCUCUCCCAUCUCUAUUUGAACUGGAAGCGGAACAGACAGGUCUUUUCAGUACAAAAGGGCACACAGCAGUGGAUUAUGCCCUGCCCCCAUCAGUAUUUAUUCACCACCUGCCCCUGUACCCCUACCCUCUUUCUCAUUCUCUGCCCUAUCCCAUCCCAGUGGCGCCUCUUAAGCCUAACCCCUCCUUUCCUAGUCCAUCCCUGGAACUAUCCUCUCAUCAUUAGUGAUGAAUGGGUCUCUUAAAGUUAUGUGUGCAUCUCUUGUGUCUUAUUCAUGUGAAAUGAAGGGUCCUGGGGUUUUGCUGUGCUGAGUAAUACUUAAUGUGGUUCAGGUGUGGGUUAACAUGCCUCAUUAGACUAAAUCAAAAGCUCGGGGUGUGGGAAGGGCAAGGGGCUCUGGUUGGGCUACAGCAAAUAGCUCCUAUCAUUGAUAAUGAAUGAUGUCAUGGAACAAAGGGCUAAGAUCAAUUUUUGUCACAUCAUUAUCCUAAUGUUGUGACUAAUAUUAAUUGUAACACUACAUUCUGUGGUGGGUGAUACUGCAUCAAACCUAGAAGUGUAUGGACUUUGCAGUACUGAUGACAGAAGUAUUAUCUGACUCUAGCUUUAUUUUAGUGUGUGCAUUAUUAUGGAAUGUUCAUUGUAAAAUGUUAUUGUUUUGCAUGUGUCUUCAUUAUAGCCUCUGUGUCUGCCUUAAGCAAUGCCUUUUUUUUUUUUUUUUUUUUUUUUUUUUUUUUUUUUUUUUUGGUUAACUGUGAUGUUCUGUGGGGAGACUAAAAAUGGGAUUAUCCUGGAUUAUCUUAAGGGUAUAUGGAUUACCUCUGUACUAUGUAUAAUCUCUAAUGUAUAUUUUUGUAACUAUGUGAAGGGGAAUGGAUGCCGCUCAUUCACUUCUUAAAUAAAUAUGAAUUAAUUUG